CGUCGGGAUUCCCUCCCGACCAUUUUCUUGUGGCCCCUCUACUCUGUACCUUCCCUCUCUCUUUUUCUGAACAUUGUCGCUUCUUUUAGCUUUGGCCCCAUGCAUUAGCUUCCCUAAUCUUCAGACCUUUUAUUACGGAGUACCCUCAUUGGCUCAUGCAAGUUCCUGAAAGGGACUGCCGGUAGUCUAAAAUGAAACAUCACGGGAUGUUCUCAAUUGCACUUUAUGACGACCCGAGCAAGCUUUACCGGUAUAAGCUUAAGUAGCUGUCACAGGAGUGAGCAUAAACCUGAUUCAGUGCCAAGAGAAGAGGAUACUGCACCAUGAACCGAGGUGUCUCAGACUCUCGAGAUCUUGGCGGUAGAUCAGACAGCGUGAAUUAUGCACAAAAAAGCCUGUGCCACUUCAAUUAAUCUCUCCAUGGGUUUUCGCCUGGCCCAACCUUCCCAGUGGUGCAGCAUCUCCUAAUUUCCCCUGCUACUUAGUAGUUGGACUCAAUUGCAUCUAUGUUAUAUGUAGGCAUACAAUACAUCAUAGUAUCCAGCUGCAAGACAGCCACAGUCUCUGCGGGAAAAUGGAAACUGAGACUGUAAAAGAGUUGACCAUUAGUUAACUAUAGAAUAAAUAUUACUAGUACGUUC